AGUCAUUCUCUUGUUUUAAAAAAAACCGUAAACCACUCUGGCAUUCCAAUAUACUGUACAUAAAUUUAUUUAUCUAGGAUUCAGAGGACCAAGUGACUAAUACCAGCCGUCUCCGUACUUGUUACAUUAUGAUUUCCUAAGUCAGAGACACAGAGAUAAUUUCCCUUUGCAAAGCACCUAAAUUAGUUUCCAGAGAGAGACCUGAAGCGCGAGAGAAAUUACCCUUUCCUUCUCAAGAAUCGCAAAUUGCUUCUGUUGCUGCGCCGCUCCAUUGUGCGUUAAUCCGCCCAGGAGCAUGUGGGCCAAUGAAGGUGGGACCUAGAGCUGCAGCUGCGCAGUCGCUGUUUGCCAGCGGAAACUCGUUCACCUUUUACUCUGUCAGAGAAAAUGGCGGAGUAUGUUCAGGUAGCGAAGAGGGCGCUGCAGCAGCUUUGGGGUCAUGGUGGCCUUCGUGGGGCUCUGUGGCAAUUUCUCAGGGUCAAUGAUCUGAAAACUGGUACAUUAGUAGGCACUGACAAAUAUGGAAACAAAUAUUAUGAAGACAACAGGUAUUUCUUUGGUCGUCACAGAUGGGUUGUGUAUACUGAGGAAAUGAAUGGCAAAAAUACAUUCUGGGAAGUAGAUGGAAGCAUGGUGCCGCCAGAGUGGCAUCGUUGGCUUCACUGCAUGACAGAUGACCCCCCAACUACACAUCCACCUGUGGCUCGUAAAUUCAUUUGGGAUAGCCAUAAAUUCAAUUUAAGUGGCACUCCUGGACAGUAUGUGCCAUAUUCUACCACUCGUAAGAAGAUACAGGAGUGGAUUCCACCUUCUGCACCUAGCAAAUGAAUGAAAAAGAACUUGCUAAUUUGUCAAAUUUUAGGUAUAUAGUGUGAAUUGAAUCUUACUUGUAUUUAAAUAAAAGUCUGUAACUAGAA